AUGAAGUGCAUCGUUGCCGCCGUUGCCGUCAUCGCCCUGGCCGUCGCCGCUGAGGCUGUAUAUCCGUACGCUGGAUAUCCUUACGCCGGAUACGGAGCCACCGUCGUCCAGGCCAACGCCCCGGCCUACCCAUACGCCGGUUACCCGUACGCUCAUGCUGCCUACCCGUACGCUCAUGCUGCUGCCUACCCAUAUGGUCAUGCCGCUGCCUACCCAGCUGCCAUUGCUGCCUACGCUGCCCCGCACGCCGCCAUCCUGGCCGCCCCUCAUGGCCCAGCUGCCUCGGUUGCUCACCAUGCCGGUGUUGUCCCCGGAGCCACCUCCGUCACCGCUACCCGUGGUGCCGUCCAUGUUGCUCCCCUGCCCGGCCAUGCCGUCUCGCAGAAGCAGCUGAACCUGGCCCCGGCUCCCGGAACCCUGUAA